UCUGUUGAUAGUGGUCAUGUGAGAAUCAGUAUUAAAAUACUAAUAUUAUUUAUAUUAAAUCUAUACAUUAAUUAGUAACAACAAGGUAAAAGAAACCCAGAAAAGACUUAAGAUGUCUUCAAAGCAGUAUGGCACCAUGGGUAAAGAGUACCGAGAUGAUCCUGGAAAUCUGGAUUAUAGUGACGAGCCAGAAAGUCGAUCACGUUUUUCUGCUGCUGAAUUGUUCGAGCAAAUCGGGAGUAAUAUUUCCCAGAUCAAUAAUGGCGCCAAUACUGUCGAUCGGGCCAUGAAAAUUAUCGGAACUGAAAAGGACAGUGAACAACUUCGAGACAAAAUUCAUGACACAUCUUUGAGCACCAACAGACGAGUUAAGACAACUUCAAAACUCAUAAAAUCAGCAGUAACGAAGUCAAUGGAUCGGCAUCAAAAAUUACAACUUGACAGACUAAAGAAUGAUUUUCAUGAAGCCGUUCAACGAUUUCAAAUCUUACAGAAGAAAGCCGCAGAAAAGGUGAAAACAUCCGCCAUGUUGUUGUCUCAACACACAGCAGUCAAGAAACAACCCCUGGUCGACAUGACUGGUUGGAAUGAUGAGGAUAACUAUUCUGACAAGACUGAGCUAGUCGAGGAAGAAAACCGCAGAGCAAACCUUCAGGCUCAGGAUCAGGUCAUUGAAAACGAUCUUUCACUGAUUCACGAACGCGAGGAAAGAAUACGUCAGCUUGAGUCGGAUAUUCUGGACGUUAAUGAAAUAUUCCGAGACCUAGGAGCCAUGAUAUCAGAACAAGGGGAGGUAAUUGAUACAAUUGAAGCCAAUGUAGAAAAGACGCACGGCAAUGUGGAAUCAGGAAACCAACAACUUCUCCAGGCUGCCAAAUACCAGAAAUCAUCGAGGAAGAAGAUGUGCUGUUUAUUAGUCACAUUUGUAAUUAUUGCUGUAAUUGUCACAAUCAUUCUUGUUGUUACUUUGAGAUAAACAGUUGAAUAAUCAUUCCAUGCAUAAUGACAUUUGUAAAACAAAAAAUAAUAGUAAUAAUAUUAUAAACAGACAAUACAGCCUCAGGUAUGGAAUACAUAACAGUAAUACUGAGUCGUUCUUUUGAACUCCAAUUCAAAUAGGAGCAGUUCUUAAGAAGGCACCUUAUACAUGUAGAUGUAUGUGUCAUUCACCAUGUUAAACAUUAUUCGGUAACUAAAUAAAAAACAAAAAUCUAGUGGAUGAAUCAUCCCAAGAAUGAUUUUUGUUUGUGAACGAAUCGUCCCAAGACAUCAGUCGAAAUUUACCACUCGGGAAAGUUUAGAAUCGUGUAUGGUGACCUUAUACUGCGCUUUCCUAAAACAAAUAUGAUGGCAAUGUAGCUACCCAGCCCUCAUUAGCUGAAGAUAUAUACACAGCCAUAUAUAACUACUUCUGUGUUAAGUAACAAAGAUGGCAGCGUCUAUUGAGGUUGUACUUGUGGACUACACAACGUUUAGCACAAUGUAGUUGACAAAAAGACCGCAGUGUAGUGCGGCAUUGGGCAAGAACAAAGAAGGUUGUCAGCCGUGCAGAUCAAAAGUGAAGCCACCAAAAUGAUUGGAAACUUUUACAAAUGCCUUGCCUAUUAUAUUAUGUAUUUAUGUAGGUCUUAAAUACAUUUAAUGAUUUAUGUAGUGCUUGAAGGUGCUUUGUUAGUAAAAAAUGAUAAAAUAUUAUUAUAAAGACUCGUAAAAAAAUAGCUAAUCAUCAUGUUAGCUUUGUGAUAAAUUUAUUAUGAAAUACAUUUGUUUGCAAAAUCCAUUUUCAAUUCAUAUUUGUGAUGUAACAAAUGACAGCUUAAACCACUAUAUUUUAUUCCUUUUUUUUUUUUUUCAUCUUUUAAUCUUCUUUUUUUUGGGAGGGGGGGGGGGGUGUUACUGUUACAAUUGUAAUUUGCCAGUAAUAAUACAUGUAUUAGGAUUUGCAUAUCAGACGUUUGUGUCGUUUCACAUUUUUGCUAACAUUGAAUAAAUAAACUAAACAAACUUAGACUGAAAUGUAAAUAAUUAGUUUUGAGAACUUAAAAUAACUAAGUUUGUUAUUAAAGCUAUAAUGAUCACCUAUUCAAUGUAGUACAAUAUUUCAGCUUUUAGGGCUUCAAAAAAUUAUGGUACAAGUGUUAAAUGUUUUCACAUUUAAUUUUUGUUUAGAUAUUAAUUUUUGCACCUCAGAUCAGACAUAUGGGCUGGAUAUUGUGUAUUGGAGAGUCUAGACUGUGACAAGCAAAGGUUUUAUUGGGAUCUGCUUGGAGCAGUGGGGGGUUUCGACCACCAAACCUCCUACACACACACAUGCAUCUGCUGCUGUAUUUUUGUCUUUCUAAUUGAAGUGUUUUUUAAUUACUUCAAUUUAUGCUCACAGUAUUGUUACUGAAAAAUUGUAAUAGCACACACUAAUUUAUAACUGCUGAAUGCUUUGCAUGUAAUUAUUGGAACACUGAGUUUUGCUUUACAUUUUUUUUCUAAUACUAGUACAUGUAUAUACUGAACAGCAAAACAAAUGUGAAUAUAAUUUUCGGUUGUAAAGUUUAAAAAAAAAAAAAGUAUUUUUAGAUGGGAUUUUCACGUACAUGUUUCAAGAUGCAGGAAAUUACAAUUGAUAUUUUGUUAUUCAUUUCACAGAAUAGCACGUGUAAUCAAGUAAACUUGUUCUAAUUACAAACUGCUCAUUAGCCUGAUUUGUGCAUUUCUUCUGGUGUUCACUUUAUUAUGAAUGUGUAUGAAAUACAAGUAAAUUAAUUCAGGCCUAAAUUAAAAUCAAAUACCGGUAUUAUUACAUGUAUUAUUAUUAUUAUUAUUAUUAUUAUUUUAUUAUUAUCCUACUACACAUUUUCUCAUUUCUUCAUCUGGCAGCUUCUGCCUUUUAAUUUGUUGUCAGUGUAAUUUCGGAACCAAGAGAUUAUGUACCAUGUGUUUUUAUGAAAAUGUACUACCAAUGUAUUCCUUUUUGGGACCAUUUUAAGAGAACUCAUCAAACACAUCGUCCAACACAAUUCAUUUCAGACAUAGAAUAAUAUAUCUUCAGACAUUUGACAUGUUUUUCAUACAUUAUAAUUUAACCUGACCUCCCACUUAAUGCAUUUCCUCCAUACUCUUUUAAAAAAAAAAAUAUCACAUGAAGUCACAUGACUGGAACUACAGGGAGCAUACAGUGAAGAAUUUUAGGCCAUCCCAUUGGCUGUUGGGAUGUUCGGACCAUACCACUCAUGUGUGGGGGGGGAGGUGCAUUUGUGAGGACAGGUAAUGUAUCUAUAAAAGAGAAAACACUCCAAGUUUUCUUCAAUUUGUGAUGUAUGCUUUUAGAAGACGGGGGAAAAGGUAGCAAAAAGCAUGCUUUUUUAUGCUUCUAGACAUUUUAAUUAUGAAAUUGUAAGAUGCUGGUACAUCCAAGACCAUCCUGCUGUACGGUGAGAUUUGCAUAAAUAAUUAUUCUCUUUUUUCCCCCCCACUACACUUGUUCACAUUAAUUUUACACUUCAUUGAAUAGAUAUUUUUUUUAAUGAGUGACAACCAUAAAUCUAAUCAUACUGUAACCCUUACUUAACAGUUAACAUAUUGAGACUAUAAUACGAAAAAAUAUUUAUAGUUUUAAUAUAUGUUACUUUUAACCAUCCACAAUUGUGAGAACGAGAGAAGUGAUUGGGAGUGUGAAGACACCAAUAAUAUGGAAAGUAUAGUAAGUGUAUAUUGUAUUUUACUAAACAUAAUGUAAAUAUUUCAUUGUUGUCUGUACAGAACAAUGAACAAAUAUUAUAUAAUGCAUAUUGAGAGAGAGAGAGAGAGAGAGAGAGAGAGAGAGAGAGAGAGAGAGAGAGAGAGAGAGAGAGAGAGAGAGAGAGAGAGAGAGAGAGGAAAGAGAGAGGGGGGGCACAAAAAUGGAGAGAUGAAAGGAGAUACAAAACUAAUAAAAUUGGUAUGCAUGUGUAUGAAAACAAAACGCAAUGUUUCUUUGAAUUCCAAAGUUGUGAAUCUGCAUAUAUUAUUAUAUGUAUGUACUUUGUAAAAUAAUGGCAGAUAAUUCAAGUAUUGUUUAGUAAUGCAACAAUCAUUAUGUUAAAAUCUGUGUUAACAAAAGUAUGUGUCUCGGUUUUUAACACACUUUAUGUACAUCUUCACUGUCUUUAUGCGAUACUUAUUGUGCAUUAAAAUAUUGAUAAAUUAUU